GACUUCCGAGCACCAGUGCCAGGCGCCGCUAGCCACUGAAUUUUGCAGUCAGCUGCGGAAGGCCCGGGUCGACUAGUCACACGCAGCCAGUAGUUCGGCUUACAUCUUUGAGGAAGAAGUUCAUAACAACCACAUAUCAAAAUGGCUGACGAUGAGGAAAAGAAGAGGAAACAGGCCGAGACCGACCGGAAAAGGGCUGAAGUCCGCGCUCGCCUCGAGGAAGCGAGCAAAGCUAAGAAAGCCAAGAAGGGUUUCAUGACCCCCGACCGCAAGAAGAAGCUCAGGCUCUUGUUGCGUAAAAAAGCUGCUGAGGAAUUGAAGAAGGAACAGGAGAGAAAAGCCGCCGAAAGGAGGCGUAUCAUCGAGGAGCGCUGUGGAAAGGCUAAGGAUGUCGACAACGCUAAUGAAGCAACCGUGAAGUCAAUCGUAAAAGAGUAUCAUAAGAGGAUCAGCGUCCUCGAGGAGCAGAAGUACGACCUUGAGUACGAAGUGUCCAGAAAGGAUUUUGAGAUCGCAGACUUAAACAGUCAGGUCAAUGACCUUCGAGGAAAAUUCAUGAAGCCAACUUUGAAGAAGGUCUCAAAGUACGAGAACAAGUUCGCUAAGCUGCAGAAGAAGGCGGCUGAAUUCAACUUCCGCAACCAGCUCAAGCAGGUCAAGAAGAAGGAAUUUACCCUUGAGGAGGAAGAUAAGGAGAAUGCAUCGAAAGAUAAGAAAAAGCCCGAAUGGUCCAAGAAGGGAGACGAAAAGAAGGUAAAGGAAGAGGAAGCGGCGGUUGAGGCAUGAGAACCGUGCUACCCAGCAUCCAACUUAUACCUCGAACACACAAAAUCACACAGACACACAAAUCACAAACCGUUCCAUUUGCAACCGAAAACUCGAUGUUGGAGCGAUAGUCACACUUUUUAUAACCUAUUGCACGGAUCGGUCCCUUUUAUCAAUUUUUAUUUUCAGACUAUACCAAAGAAAACUGUCGCUGACCGUGAUAUUUUGUUUAACUAUACUACACUCUGAUUCUGUAACCAAACAAACGAACCAAACUUUUACUUGUUUUUGAUUUUUCCCUGGACUAUUUUUGAGCUGUUUUUUUCCAGCUAAAAUUUUUUCGUUUCUCUACUAAAAUUCCCCACGAGAAUGUAUUUUAUUUUUUUAUGUCACCUUGAAUUAAUAUUUUUAAUAAACGAAAAAAUAUUCCAUACACACCUUGAAACCUUUGUCUGUAACUAUCAAAAGAAUGUAUGGUGAAAAUAACCUAAAGAUUUUCGGUUCAGAUCCUGCUUGCGAUCGCGUGUUUCGUAAGUGCAUCAGAAGGAAUGAUAUUUAAGUUUUAUUGUAAUUUUGAAUGAAAUAAUAAUCGACAAUGAACAAUGCUUUGUAUAAAUGUAA